AAAACAUAACACAACACAGUCACUGUUUGAAAUGUAAAGAUUUAUCUGGAGGUGUUGAUAAUUUAGUGAAGUGUUCUGCAUAUGUAGUGGUUGGAUGUGGAAUAAAUGUUUAAUUAUUGGUAUUGUUAAAAUAUUGUGAUUACCCUUAGAUAAAGGCAGCAGAACUCACGGGAACUAUGAAAAAUGCAACGCUUCACAUGUAAUCAUCUAGGUUACUGUACUGAACUAUAACCUUCAUUAGUUUCAUACCUGCUUGUGAGACUUGCUGCAAAAUGUCAGAGCCGAAAUUGGAAGAGGAACUGGAAACUGACUGGAGAGAUAAGCCAGACAGUGGAAACAAGAAACAUACACUUGAUUCUGAUGAAGAUGAUGAUGACAUUGAAGAAAGUACUUAUGAUGUCAUGGCAGAAGAUGAUAUUGAAGGUCAGGAAGAAGGAACAGCAACAUUUGAUGGAGAUGUACGCAUUACACCUUUCAACAUGAAAGAAGAGUUAGAAGAGGGACAUUUUGAUACACAAGGAAAUUAUCACUGGAAGAAGGAGGGAAAGGUGAUUCGUGAUAGCUGGUUGGAUAAUAUUGACUGGGUCAAGAUAAAAGAGGCAGACAAGCCUGCAGAAGCAGAGCCUGAGAGUGACAGUGAUGUAUCCAGUGUAGCAUUUGAUCAGAUUCCGGUUUAUCGGAAAAUGCUAGAGUAUAUGAAACCUGGAGAGACAGUUGCCAAGUCACUGAGAAGAUUGGGAGGCAAUAAGACAAUGUCGGCAUCUGAGCGGUGGCGCCGGAAAAAAGCAGGUCUGCAGGAUGAUUCUGGCAACAGUCAGCAUGUGACAGAUCUCACAGCAAUGGCGAAUCAACUGUUGUCAGAGACAGGCAACAUGGAUAUCUACCAAGAGAGCUAUGAGCACAUAACCUCCAUUGUUGAAGCAGCAGAUAUGAAAGCAAAGGCUGAGGAAUCUGCCAAGAAGUCAGCUGCACGGGCAUAUGAUGAUGCACUGGACAUGUAUGCUGAUGAUUUUGAUGAGAAAGAGAAAGCAAGACUUGGCGAAAAGAAGCAGAAACAUGAUGAUGGAAGUGAAACUGGAGAACCUGCAUCCAAAAGACAAAAGACUCAAGAUUCUCAGGAAGGAUCAAAUGCAAACAGUAGCUCAUCUUCUGGUGCUAUUUCAGGUGGUGAACUGAUGUGGGAGUACAAAUUGGAAGAGAAUGCCACAGAGAUCAAUGGCCCUCACACCACAUCUCAGAUGCUGCAGUGGAUUAAAAGUGGGCAUUUUAAAGGUGACGUGUGGGUGCGCAAGUGUGGCCAGGAUGGACAAUUUUACACUUCGAGGCGGGUGGACUUUGAACUGUAUCUGUAAUAGUUCCUUGUAUAACACAGUACAGAAUUUUAUUAGUUCAAACACUGUUACAUAAUCAGUCAAGAAGUUCAUUGCAUAGGCUUUAAUGUAUUACUACAUUUAGUAAACAGCAGUGGGUUUUUAAUUACUGUAUACUUAUUUUUUCGUUUCUGAAACACUGAGUAAAGUACUGUGAAGACGACAAAUUCAGGUUACACUGAAUUUUUUGCGAUCAUGAAACAGAUUGAUAUUGUUUCAUAAAACUAUGUAAUAUUUUUGGAAAACUUUUGUUUUCUGUUGAGUUAAUGUAAUUAUUGUAUAUAGGGAGACUAUAUAUAAUUUGAUUCUGUAAUGUAAAAAUAUCCUGUAUGCAUUUUACUGUGGGACAAGAAAAACCCUCGGUCUUGUGAUUGAUAAUUGUAGGACUGAUUCGAUUGCAUAUUUACAAAUUGUACAUUAAGCUACAUUACAGCUGAUUUUUGUCUUCUAAGUAUAAGUUUUGCAACAGUCAGAGAAAUUAAUUAAAAUUGUUGUGCUGCUUAAUGUAAUCUGUAGGGUAUGAUUUGAAAUUCUGAGACACUGAAAUGUACGAUAGUAACAGAAAAUUGAAUGAUUGCAGUUAUCUUACUAUAAUUAGAAACCAUUUAAUAGGUAGCUGUACAUUGUUACUCAAUUACAUGUUUUAUUGUGCAUUGCGCCUGCCUUUCUAAUGUCAUGUUUCUGAUGUGGUAAUGUUAUUUCCUUUACUGCCAUAUCCAUGCUGUGAUGACUGUGAUAUUAUGCACGACACUAUGUAGUGUGACACAAUUGUUGAUGAUACAAGCAGAUUCUAUCAUAUUUGUAUGGGACUUAUUCUUCAAAAACUAAUUAAAUGAAUUAAGAUCUAGAAACAUUCCUGCUUGUGACCUGCCUCUACUCCUUGCUUUUCAGAAAAUAUUUUAGGCACUUAUUGUGUACAAUACACUUCAUUCACUUAUGAAAUAAACAGGCAUUUGCUAAUGUUGGAUGGGAAUUAUUUCCUUUUGUCAAUAAGAGUACCAAGUUGGUGGGUAGAUACAACUCAGAUUUCUUUGAAACUAUGUUAGUUUUUCAGUUUGUUAACUUGAUAAAGCAAGAAUUGCAAAUGUGCUCAGCAUUUUUUAAAACAUCAUGUAUGCAGAACAACAGAGAAAAAGUAACAAACAGCAAGAAAUUUAUGCCACAUUUGAAGGAUUUUAUAUUUGUACCAAUAUUAAUGCUUCAAACCACAAAGUGAUAUUUUGUGAAGAAUUUGUGUAGUCCUACCAAGUGACACACUACCCUAGCUUUCAGAAAUGUUGGUUCCUUCCUUGGCAAGGAGAGAGGGAUGUGUUGGGGAGUGUUGAAAAGGGAGGCCACAUCACCCAAAUCGUAGGAUGAGGAAGACUCAUCUCUACAUGGAAUGUAUGUGCAGUUGCAGAUAUUGACGAGUCUGUGCUGGACUGAAACUUGAACCUGGGUUUCCCACUUAUCGCAAGUGGUCACCUUACCAUUGGCUAUCCAAGCACAACUCACAGCCAUAUCUAAACUUCCAUAUGCCAUCAUCCAUGUGUCUACGACCUGCACUUGUACAUUCAUUAUGUAUAUUCCUGUAUGGAGGAGACAUUUUAAUCGAAAGUUACUUGCCCAUUAUUGAUGAAUAAAUAUGAUACUGUAGUGCCUGUGUGGUUCAGGAGUGCAAUACAAAGUUCCUUCGGAUAUGCAUGCAUGUCUGAAGGAACUUUGCAUUGUACUUCUGAACCACACAGGCACUACAAUUUCGUAUUUGUUCAUCAAUAAUGGGCAAGUGACUUUCAAUUAAAAUGUGUCCCCCCUACAGGAAUAUACAUAAUGAAUGUACGAGUGCAGGUCGUAGACACAUGGGUGAGGCGUAUGGAAGUUUGGGUCUGACCAUGAGUCAUGCUCGGAUAGCCAAAUGGUAAGGUGACUGCUCAUGGGUAACUGGAAAAUACGGAUUCAAGUCCCAGUCCAGCACAGAUUUUCAUUGUCGUCAUUCCAUUAUACCACUAAUGUUUUGUCAAUAUUUGCAGCUGUGAAUACAUCUCAAGUGUUUCUUAAUGGCUAUAGUAACUGCAGUGCCUGUUCCUUCAGUCUGAAGGAACUUCGCAUCCUACUUCUGAACACAGGCGCUGCAAUAUUGUAAGGGUCCUUUCAUCCUGGACACUGGAUGACAUGCCUUUCCUUUUCAACUUGUCAUUGUUUAACAAUGCCAGAAUUUGAAAUCAUCAACAUAUUUGGUUGAUCAAAAUUGCUGUGCUGUAGCCAUAGUAGGAUAUAAUGUUGGUGCACUUUAUAAUUUUCGAAUCAGUGAUUCAGGACCUGAAAAUGUAGUAUCUGUUUUUGGUGAAAUAACGAGGGUGGUUUGAAAAGUUUUUAAUACAGAAUAGAA